UUUUUUUAGACAUGGAAAGUAUUUAUUGAGGUGAGUGAGUUAUUCAUACUCGUACCGACGCUUUUGGGUUUGAAAGGAAAUUUAGAAAUGACUUUGGCGUCAAGAGUGUCGACACAGGCAAACUGUGGAAAACUGGACACUUUGAGAGAUCAAUGGCACAUGUCUUGGGGAAAUAUGGCUCUCAUUCUAUGUCAAGCAACUGUGAUGGGCUUCUUAGCUGCUGCGUUCGCGACUUGCAUGAGUAUUGCAAAAAGUGGUUUCAUAUUGAGUAAUGCUCUGAUUCUAUGCGCCAGUUCUUUAUUUACAGCUGUAAUAGCUAGUCUUGUUUUGGGUACAAUCACCCUUAUAGUGGUUGUAGCUUCGCAUAAAUGUAAAAUAAAUCCAGAUAAUGUUGCAACACCGAUUGCGGCUUCAUUAGGUGAUGUUACCACUUUGGGCUUUUUAGCUGCCAUCAGCAGCUAUUUGUACCAGACCAAAGAUAAUUUCUUCCCUCCAGCGCUAAUUAUAAGCAUAUUCAUGUUGUUGAUACCAGUGUGGGUAUAUUUCUCAUUCAAAAAUUCUUUCGUUCGGCAAGUUCUAUACACGGGAUGGAUUCCAGUUAUCAUGGCUUUGGUAAUUACUAGUGCCGGUGGAUAUAUUUUGGAAUUUUCUGUCACAGAGUUCAAAGGUUUAGCAAUUUUUCAACCUGUCAUAAACGGUGUUGCUGGUAACCUCGUAGCUGUUCAAGCUAGUAGAAUAUCCACUUAUUUCCAUCAAAACAGCGAAAAGCCUGGAUCACGCCCACCCGAUGGAUCACCCAUAUGUAUUUCCCCUUUCUCCGCUUUCUUCGGAAAAUCUAUCCACUCUCGAUCAGCAAGAAUUCUUAUGGCAAUGGUCAUUCCUGGACAUUUGCUUUUUGGCUACGGCAUUACAUGGAUAAAGGGAGGAGAUACUCCACUUACUCCUACCUUCUUGCCAAUCUAUCUCAUCUCAGCCUUUUUGCAAAUUUCUCUGCUGUUAUACAUUGCCCAGUGCCUCGUCCAGAUCUUAUGGCGAUUCAAAAUUGAUCCAGACAACUCUGCCAUUCCUCUGCUUACAGCUUUGGGAGAUUUUAGUGGCAUGUCAUUCCUAACAGUUGCAUUUUACAUUCAUCGAAGCUUAGUGCCACAAACGUGAACUUUUUAAAGCCGUUUAGGAACAAACUCAUCGGCAGCUCGUUGGUUCCCUACCCGGGGCCCCAAACAAUUUUAUGCAAGGCUAGAUUGUUGAAAAAGCGCCUCAUCUUGGCAGGUUUCAAGUACUUGGACUAUGAUAGAAGAUGCAGUAUUAAUGAUGAUAGAACACCAGAUGCAAUAUAAUUCAUCAGUCAUAGUUAAGUUUUUAAAGUUUGCAUCAUGUCGAUAUUUAUGAUACAUUAAGGAAGUAUUCUGAACUAACACGAAUCAUUACCUUUUAACUUCUAACUUGCGUUGCGAAGGAAAUUCUUUUCGAUCAUUUUUAUAGCCUUAUUGGUUAGUUUUAAUUGUUUACUUGCUUUUCUAGAGAGAUUUUUAUAAGAAAAUUUCCUGGAGAAAAAAACAUAGCUUACGAAUGUGAUAAAUAUUUGACUAAACGGUCUUUUCAGUAUCUUGCUCUACGAGUAAAUCUUGAUUAAAAUUAUGUAAAAUAUCGAUAAGUUUAAAGGCCAAAACGUACUGUAGGAAAUAAUGUAUUAGUUCCAUCUUUUUUUUUUUAACUUGACAUUAUAAAGUUUCGUUAUAUUGCAUGUGAUUGAAAUAAAUCAUGUGCUUAUAUUUAAUAUAAAUUCAUUAAAUAGCGAAGAUUAAAUACUGUAAUAUAAAACCUUUUUAAUGUUUGUACGAGAAUGCCAACUACUUGGGAUUUUUCAUAAUUGCUACUGAUUCUAGUUCCGAUUGCUGAUUUAUGCAAAGAUUUGGAAAAUUACAGAAAUUUUUACCGUUUUCUAAAAACAUAUUUUUUUCCUAGUGUCUCUUUCAAUUUGUGAAUUACCCUCUGAAUUUCAUAUCUUUGCAGUUUAGUGACAAUCCCUUGUAAUUUUUUGUGUGGACAUAGUUACUUUUUUAUGGAAACUGAAUUUAAAGCUUUUCAAAAAUUCAAUAAGCACUUAUUCAUAUUCAUCUUGUAAUUAAGUUAGAAGUUUAUUACAUUACUCAAAAAAAUACUAAUUUAUGAUAAAUUAAAAUAAUUUAUAUUGAAUUUUUAAAUUACUACGGAAAUUACAAUCCCUGUAAUACCGCGGCUCAGAAAAGUAUCAUCCCAAGUUGGCAUCCUUUUAUGUAUAAUUUUUAACUAUUUUAUGCUGUUAAGUUUUAGUCUUGAUUGGCAAUGAGUAAUUAUAUUAACUAAAUUGUAUUUUUAAAUUUUUAUAGUAGAAUUUUCUGAUUAAAAUGGUGGAAAACUUAGUUAAAAAUUAGCAUUUUUUUUAUACUUAUAAUCUCAUUGCAAAGCAUAUGACCUGUAAAUGUCUGUUUCCUAAGGAAACUAUUCUUUUUUUGUAUACUUGUUCAGUAAAUGCCUGCUGCUAUAGUUGUGCAAUGUAUAAACUGUAUUUUUGUAGAAAAAUAAACUUUCUGAAAGCGGAA